CAUUCCGUUGUGGUUUAUUUAACGACGAACGUCAUGCCCGAACCAGCGAAGUCCGCCCCAAAGAAGGGAUCUAAGAAAGCCGUGACCAAGACGACUGGUAAAGGAGGCAAGAAGCGCAGAAAGACCAGGAAGGAGAGUUAUGCUAUCUACGUGUACAAAGUCUUGAAGCAGGUCCACCCCGACACCGGUAUCUCUUCUAAGGCUAUGGGGAUCAUGAAUUCCUUUGUGAAUGAUAUCUUCGAGCGCAUCGCUGGUGAGGCUUCUCGUCUCGCUCACUACAACAAGCGUUCGACCAUCACCUCCAGAGAGAUCCAGACGGCCGUGCGUCUGCUGCUUCCCGGUGAGCUGGCCAAACACGCCGUAUCUGAGGGUACAAAGGCCGUCACCAAGUACACCAGUUCCAAGUAAAGCGUCAUAGUGCGACUUGACUAACCCAAAGGCUCUUUUAAGAGCCACCCACGUUUCCACCAAAGACAUUUUCCAUCGUGUGAGUGUGCAUGUGCGGUAAAACGAGAAAAGAAAGUUGUAGCUGAAGUAGCGCUUGUGUUCUUGUGCGCUGUGCCGUCGUCUUUCUUCCCCUUGUGCGCUGUGCCGUCGUUUUUCUUCCCCUUUCCCGCGCGUUUUAUUAAUUUUUUUCGUACGCUUUAUUCGGCCGCAUGUAGCUUGUAAUUUGAAUGAAACUGGAAGUGCUUGAAAUUGGGAUUCGGAAACCCGC